AUGAAGGGCGCGCUCGACGAUUUCAAAGUGAUGCUCACGAGGAACGAGCCACUCACCGGCCUCGCCAGGGCGGUCGCGCUCCUCGUGAUCUUCGCGCUCGGCGUCGUCGCCGGCCUCUGGGCGGCCGCCGGGGCCCGCCAGCCGGCCUACGGCGGCAUCGUCGUCCCGAGCAUCGUGCAGCUACCGAGCGCUGCCGCCGUGUACCAGCAGCCGGCCGGCGCCUGCUGCCGGCCCGACCCGGACCCCGCCUUCGGGGAGUUCGUGGCCCCGACGCGCCUUAUGCACGACAUGACGGACGAGGAGCUGUUCUGGCGCGCCACGCUCGUGCCGGCCGCCGCCGGGUACCCGUUCCGGCGGGUGCCCAAGGUGGCCUUCAUGUUCCUCGCCGGACACGGCGUCCUCCCGCUGGCGCCGCUCUGGGAGCGCUUCUUCCGCGGCCACGAGGGCCGCUUCUCCGUCUACGUGCACGCCCCGCCGGGCGUGGCCAUCAACGUCUCCGAGGACUCGCCGUUCUACGGCAGGCAGAUACCCAGCCAGGAAACCUCGUGGGGCUCUGUGACGCUGAUGGACGCCGAGAAGCGGCUGCUGGCGAACGCGCUGCUCGACUUCUCCAACGAGCGCUUCGUGCUCCUCUCAGAGAGCUGCAUCCCGGUGCACAACUUCACGACGGUGUACGGCUACCUCGUCGGGUCGGAGCAGAGCUUCGUGGAGGUCUACUACCGGAACACCAAGCAGUGCCGGAACCGGUACAGCCGGCGCAUGGCGCCCGACAUCACGCUGCGGCAGUGGCGCAAGGGCUCCCAGUGGUUCGAGCUCCGCCGCGACAUCGCCACCAGCAUCCUGACGGACACGCGGUACUACCCGCUGUUCCGGCGGCACUGCCGGCCGUCGUGCUACCCCGACGAGCACUACGUGCAGACGUACGUGGCCAUGCGCCACGGCGCCCGCAACUCGAACCGCACCGUCACGCACGUGGACUGGUCCACGGGCGGCGCCCACCCGGUGAUGUACGGCGCGCGGGACGCCACGCCGGAGCUGGUCCGGAGCAUCAGGGAGAGCCGGGAGCCCUGCACGCGCAACGCGCGCCCGACGACGACCUGCUACCUGUUCGCCAGGAAGUUCGCGCCCGACGCGCUGCCGCCGCUGCUCAACAUGUCGGCGGCGGUCAUGCAGUACUGAGAUUCUUUCUUUUUUCCCGCCGGCGGCGGCAGUCGGGACACCAAGACCUCGCCGGCCGCCGCAACUUCUUGCUCCGGAUCGCACCUUAGCCAGGCAUCAUCAUCGGCUGUAAUUUUCUUUGACAACGUUGACUGACGAACACUCAUGGCUCAAUCACU